UGCAGAUUUAGCACAUUAAAAAUAGACUAUUAUUCACAAGAAAUGGGCAACGGACUAUGAAGCGAGAACUUUAUUUGUGACGGUAUAAGCGCAAAGCUGCUUAUAGAUCCUCUCUACCCUCUCCAGGUCAGGUUGAGCGCACAAGGCGCCAUCUGUUCUCUCCCUCUCAAACCCGGGUCUGACAGUCUGAAUAACUCUUGGUCGGAAUGACAUUUGUUGCUGGCAGUAAAAUGGACUUCCUGUCCCCGCGAUAUCACAAGCAGUCCCUAGCUCAAACGCUCUGUCGUUUGGGAUUGUUCGUGAUCUGUAUGGGAAUGGUGUUGACCAUGUCUAUGUAUCCCAUGCUGAGGUUCCUGGGUGGAAAGCUCCAUUCUUCCUUUACAGGGAGCUAUCUACCUGGACACCACUCUGUUCUCCUCAUCAACUGCCCCAACGAACAGGCAGCCAAGGACAUCGGCCGAGCCAUUAUGGAGAGGAGGAUGGCAGCAUGCAUCAAUAUUCUGCCCAGGACCUCCACCAUGUAUUACUGGAAAGGGGAGAUUCAAGAUGCGACGGAAAUUCUGAUGUUGGUGAAGACGAGGACCUCGAAGACCCAAAGGCUCAUAGACUAUGUCAAGUCUGUGCAUCCCUAUGAGACUCCAGAGGUGCUUAGUUUCCCUGUGGAGGACGGGAGCCUGCCCUAUUUGAAGUGGGUGGAUGAGGCUGUUCCUGACGACUGACCAAUCAGGGAGAAUAUCCUCAAUGACUUAUUGGACGUGAAUAUCCAAUCUAUUGGUUAUCUGGAGAGUAAGGCAACAGAGAUUGGCUGGGAACCAGAUGCUGAGACCUGUUUGAUAUUUGUGUUCUAAGGAUAACUUUUUUGUAAUAUAUGAUGGCACAAAAAUACGUUCCUUCUUCCUUAAGGUGAUACAUAC